AUGGCCCGGACAAGAUGGAUGUCAGCAACGGCGUCCCUCUCCCGACCGGCGACAGCGGCGUCGAGCGAGCAGACGGCCUCCUCCGUGCAGGAAAGCGGCAGCAAGCCGCCGGCAACGCACUACGACUUCUUCCCCAUCACGCUCCCAGACGGGCCGCCGCCCAAGGGCCACUUCCCCAUCGACCAGCGCGCCCUCCGGCGCGAGUUCCUCCGGCUGCAGGCCAAGGCGCACCCGGACAUGCACCCGGCGGAGCUCAAGAACCGGGCGGAGGCAACGUCGGCGCGGAUCAACGAGGCGUACAAGACGCUGUCGAAUCCGCUGCUGCGGGCGCAGUACCUGCUCCAGCUGCGGGGCGUGGAUGUGGCCAACGACGAGACGCUCAAGGUCGAGGACCCGGAGCUGCUGAUGGUGGUGCUGGAGGCGCGCGAGGAGAUUGAGGAGGCGGCGGCGGAGAGCGAGCUCGAGGGCCAGCGGGAGGCGAACGAGGGCCGGAUACGCGAGAGCGAGGAGGUGCUGGAGGAGGCGUUCCGGCACGACGAUAUCGAUACGGCCAAGAGGGAGGCGGUGAAGCUGCGGUACUGGGUCAAUAUCCAGGAGAGCCUGCACAACUGGGAGGCGGGGAAGCCGAUUGUUUUGCAACACUAG